CUUAUUAAAAAGUAGCAAACGCCAAAAGGUGCGACGAGGCGCCAGCAGCUGUGCCCAGCAAGAGAGUAAAUGAGUGUGGUGCUCUCAACUGGAGCGAACUGUGCGUUCAGUUCUGAUUUGGUCGAGCAAUGAAACGCGUCGUCGGAUUGACGCACGUGCUGCGGCUAAGCUGUUUACUGCUGUGGGCGUGGCAAGUGUGCGGCGCAACGGAACAGCCAGAGUCAUGUAUAAUACAUGCCACACUAUUUGCAACGCCGCCUGAGGCACGCAGCGCACAAGAUUUUGGUUUGCCACUGGAAAUUGAUUGCAGUGCGCCCAACGAAACGCGCACAGCGCUAAACUUUGAUUUGGGCGCACAACGUGCGGCGGGCAAGCAACAUGCGCAGCUAAAUGGCAAGGAAGCAAUGCCACAAAGCUAUGGACUGGAGUAUUUGCCAGGCUGUCAACAGCUGCGUAGCUUGUUGCUGGAAAACUUUGUGGGCGUGGUGAAUGGCAGUUUAAGCUGCGCGCAGCAGCAGCCGCUAAGUCAGUUGAGGCAGCUAAAGCUGCUAAACAAUGAGCUGAGCAGCUUUGGUGGACAGCAGCUGGACGCGCUGCAGCAGCUAAGAUUGGAGCGCAAUGCACUAAAGCUGCUGGAGCAGCUGCCGGCGCAGCGACUGGAGCUGUUAAGCAUACGCAGUGAAUGGUUUUUGGCAUUGGAACAGCCGCCAGUGUGGCAGCAAAUGCAGCAGCUGAGGAGCUUGGAGCUCAAGCAGCUAAAGUUGUUAGCUGGGGAAUUGUUGCAGCAGCUGCCGUCGAGUUUGCAGCAACUUUAUGUAGCAGAGACGCCCAUAGAGCCCAACGAAGUGUCGCUGCUGCAGUCAAGUCAACAACUAGUGAACAUAACAAUUAACAAAGCUGGUCUACGCAGUCUAAGCUUAAGCUUGCAUGAUUCACUGCAGCAACUUUGUUUGCAAGGCAAUGUCUUAACGCAAUUAAACAUUAGCAGCAACAGUUUGCUGCAUUUGGAUUUAAGCUACAAUAAUUUGCAGCAGCUUAAUCUUAGCUGGUUUGCUAAGCUGCCGCAGCUGCAGCUGCUCCAAUUGGCAGGCAAUCAUCUAAGCGAGCUCAGCUUGCCACAGCUGCUGCGUCUGCAGCCACAAAGUUUGCAUCUCAUUGAUCUAAGCCACAAUCAGCUUGCAAGCUUUGCGAACGCAGCGCCUAUCAACGAUCGUUAUCAGCAGCUGCGUUUGGCUAUCGAUGACAAUCCCUGGAGCUGUCAGUGGCUGCUCAACUUUUCACAUGCGCAGCCGCAGCUCUUCCGUUUAUUCCUCUACGCCAAGUACAUUUCCCACAUCAAUGUCAAUGGUUUGAGCUGUCAGCCGCAGCUGCUGGCGCUGCCUGUGUCCACUACUAGCAGCACGCCUGCUACACUGCAUCCUGAGCUGAACGUCUCCAGUCACACUGUGCUCUAUGGCAAUCCUUUAACCAAUCACACGCACAGUCAACGCUCUGAAGCUUUGAUUAUUGUGUUUAUGCUGCCGCUGGGCAUUGCGCUGCUCUUUCUGCUGCUUUAUCUUUAUUUGCACUGUGAGCGCAUCUUCCAUUGGUCCUACUAUGCCAGCGGCUUUGGCUGCUUUGGUGGCCGCAGCAAAGCGGCGCGUGCUCAUCGCUUUGUCGAUCACAUUGACAUUGUGCGUUUUCCUUUGCCGCCGGACAAUGCUGAGCCGCUGGCUGAUGGCUAUGAGACGCCCAUAAGCGCUGGCGCCUCCAUUUGCAAUUGCUCCAGUGCGCGUCAGUCCACCUGCUCCAAGCUGCAUGUCACCUAUGAAGCGAUGCCCUCGGAGCUGCCUUAUCAGCUGUAUGCAGAGAUUAAGGAGCAAACAUUAGCGCAGGCGGAGGAUACGGCAUCUGAGCUAACGCUGCCUGCUCCAACGGCGCCCAUUUACGAUCAUUUGUCCUUUGAGGAGGAUGCAGCCAUAGCUGUUUAGCUAGUCAUAGCCUUAAGGCGCUAAACAAACUUAAACUAAAGGCAGUGGC